CAAAAGCCCGCUCUUCUCUUAUCAAUUCUGAGAAAAUAGUAAAUAAAUUAUUAAUUCUGAUAAAUUAAAAGGAAAAUUGUUUUUAUAUUAUAAAAAUGACUAUUAAACCGUUUGAAAGGACACCAGAAAGUGACGAUGAUCCCGUAGAGUCCAUGUUAAAAAAAUCCGGUUGCCUUGAAUUACAUUACAAAGUUCAGGAAUGUAUAGCCACUACAAGGGACUGGAGGAAAUGCCAAAAUGAGGUGAAUGAAUUUAGAACAUGUGUUACGAAACACACACAAGAUGAAUUAUUAUCAAAAUCUAAAACAUAAAACCAUGCAGGGAUCUGGUAAAAUAUACUGUACAGUCAGAAACAGAGUGCAUAGAAGUAAGAGGUGUUUGGUAUAUUUUUUAUUUGUAAGAUAAUUUAUGAUUGAUUAAAUUUAGU